UAGCACUGGAUGCAUUUGGGACACCUUUCUUUUCUCCAUCUUUUCUAAUUGCAGCCGCUUGCAGCCUUUCAUCACCCUGCAGCUCUUUGCACUCCAUGGCAUGCGAGCGUAGCAAACUUUCAGCCCUGUCCCUGCCGCUCUUGCAGGGCCUUUGUCGCGCAAAAGGCCUUAGUGUGGAAAAAGGUGCCAACAAGGCCGACAUCGUAGAGCGCCUUUUGUCGAAACGGCGUCCGAAGGAGGCGGAGGAGCCUGUUAGCAAGGUGGCAAAGAUCGAGAAGACUGCGGAGGAAAAGAAGCUGGUCUUUCAGUCAUCUGUCCCGGGCCUUGAUGCGCAAGUGCAAAGCUUUCGAGUGCUGCGCUGUGUGUGUUGCUCAGUGAUUUUCAAUUUGGAAAAAGUGCAAUAUCGUGGAGAUGCCCAAAGCUUUUGGUGUCCCAGUUGCCGCUUCCGGGCCAUGGAUCCCUUCAAUGAGGUGCCAGCUGAUGGAGUGCUGCACUGCGCAUUGCUUGGUGUCAGCGGCUAUGACUUUGAAGUGAACGUCCCCAAGUUGCAGGAAUGGAGAGAUGCCGGUGAGACUGUUUGGCUGCGAAUGCUCCAAGUUGAUAGCAAGGAGCUCUUCCAAGUGUGGCCGGAGGAACUCCUUGUUGAGGCAGAUGGAUGUCAGCUAUUUCGCAUCGCACCACCGGAGAAGGGCCACCGUCGCCGCGACGUGCCGCAAGAUUUGACCACGCUCCUGAGGACGGGAAACAAUGCCUUCCGGCUUCGCUUCCCCGAAGCCCAGGGCUUGGCCUUGGGCUUGGUCCGGGCCGUGCCCAAAGCGCCGCGGCGACUUUGCAUGGAGGUGGCUAGGCAGGAACCUCGAGCAGCCCGCGCCGGGUUGAUGGCCUUGCUGCGCGACAGCGAAGAGGCCGAAGAGGAUGGCCUGGAGUAUGUGGCCUCACGACGUUUGUCCUUGUUGUGCCCUGUGGCCCUGGAGCGGGUGGAGCGACCAGCCCGCGGCAGACGUUGCCGACACCUCCGCUGCUUUGGUCUGGCAGCCUACUGCAGGAGCAACUAUGGCAUGGUACGGAUUCCUGGUUCCUUUGCCGCUUUUAACAAUCGCUGGAGCUGUCCUGUGUGCAACAAGCGCGUUCGACCGGAAGAGCUUCUGGUGGAUGGCUUUGUCGAAGAGAUCCUUAAACAGACCAAGGAGGACUGUGAAGAGGUCCUCCUCUCACCGGAUGGCUCGUGGCAGCCAGUGAUGGAAGAAAAAAGCUUGCCAAACUGGGCCGAGGGAUGAGGGCGAGGGCCAAGCGGCGAGGGUGGGGUGCAAGGCAGUGCGAGGUGUGUGAGAAUUGCGUCCGUAUGUUGCAAUUCAUACAGCGAUGGUCUUCCAUUCGCCUCUGUUAAGGGGAACCACUCCAUUGAAACAAGCUUCGCCGAGUUUCGCACAUUGGUCUUAUGGACAUUCUUGACAGGAAGGAGGCUUGGUGCUAUGAU